AUGGCUUCGGAGGAUGAGGUGACUCGUGUGCCUAAGACGGCGGAGGGCAGCAAGGCGGAUGAGGAGAAGAGCCUGGAGUUCCCAGUCAAGGAGUAUUCGGUGCAUUCAGGACAGCGAUCCAACGAUGACGCAGAUAUCGAGAAGCAUGGCGCUGGCCGCGAGUCGAAUCCCUUGCCCGAUCUCAAGCGCAAGCUCAAGAGCAGACAUCUGCAGAUGAUCGCGAUAGGUGGAACGAUUGGAACGGGUCUCUUCAUCGGUAGCGGUACUGCCAUCGCCAAUUCAGGGCCGGCCGGAGCGCUCAUCGCAUACAUCUUCGUCGGUAGUAUUGUCUAUUCCGUCAUGACGUCUCUGGGAGAGAUGGCGACUUAUAUCCCCAUUCCCGGAGCGUUCACGUCCUAUGCCACUCGUCUGAUCGAUCCCAGUCUGGGUUUCGCCAUGGGCUGGAUCUACUGGUUUUCAUGGGCUAUUACCUUUGCGCUCGAGUUGACGGCGACGGGUCUGAUCAUCCAGUAUUGGGACCGGGAGCUCUCCAUCGGUAUCUUCAUCGCCAUCUUCUGGGUCUUCAUCACCGUGCUCAACUUCCUGCCGGUGAACUUCUACGGAGAGCUGGAGUUCUGGUUCUCCAGUAUCAAGGUGCUGACGGUCAUUGGAUUCAUGAUCUUCGCCAUUUGUAUUGAUGCUGGCGCUGGUCAGCAUGGAUAUCUUGGAUUCCACACCUGGGGAAACCCCGGCGCGUUCGCCCCGCAUCUGAUCACGUCGAGCGAGUCCAAGGCCAAGUUUGUUGGAUUCUGGGCCGUGCUUAUCCAGGCAGGAUUCUCGUAUCAGGGUACCGAGCUGGUCGGUAUCGCAGCAGGAGAGACGGAGAACCCUCGCAAGACAGUGCCCUCAGCCAUCCGCAAGACUUUCUACCGUAUCCUGUUCUUCUUCGUGUUGACCAUCUUCUUCAUCGGUCUGCUGGUGCCGUACACCGACCCUAACCUGCUCUCCGAUGCGUCGGAUGCGUCUGCGUCUCCGUUUGUCAUUGCCGCCAAACUCGCCGGUGUCAAGGUGCUGCCUGGUCUGAUCAACGCCGUCUUGCUGACGGUCGUGCUGUCUGCGGCCAACUCGAACGUCUACAGUGGCAGCCGUAUCCUCAUCGGUCUCGCACAGGAAGGAUUUGCGCCGCGCAUCCUCAAAUGGACGUCCAAGGGCGGUGUGCCUUACUACGGAGUCGGCGUCACCGCCGCAUUCGGUCUGCUGGGUUUCCUGAACCUGUCGAACGGCGGUGGUACCGUCUUCAACUGGCUCCUGAACAUCUCCGGUGUGGCCGGUUUCAUCACCUGGGCAUCGCUGAACGCCUGCCAUCUAGCCUUUAUGCGUGCUCUGAAGGCGCGGAAUAUCUCCCGCGACCUGCUCCCGUACAAGGCGAUGUGGCAGCCGUUCUUCGCCUGGUACGGCCUGUUUUUCAACAUCCUCAUUAUCCUCACUCAGGGUUUCACCGCGUGGAUUCCCACCUUCAGCGUGUCCGAUUUUUUCGUCGCGUACAUCAGUCUGAUCCUGUUCGUGGUGCUGUACCUCGGACACAAGAUCAUCUACCGCCCGGCCUUUGUCAAGCCGGAAGAAGCAGAUAUCGACACGGGCCGUACCGAGUUCGACGUCGUGUGGGAGACACAGGCGCCGACGACGCGCUGGGGGAAGUUCUGGGCCUGGGUGAGCGGUUAG